UAAAAAACUCCCUCCCUCUCCCGCAUCCUUCAACUUCCAUUCCUCUCUCUAAACCUAAACAUCCCAUUCACAUUCACGCACGCACUCAAACACGUAUUCGGGCGCGCGCACAGAGAGAGAUGAGCAACGAAGGUCCCUUUCCCGGUAACGAAAAGACAGCCGAAAAUGAUACAAAGACAAAAGAAGGAGAAGAGGGAGAAAUCAAGAAGCCGAAACGAGUGCCGUUUCGUAAACUCUUUGCAUUCGCCGACACUUACGACUGCUUUCUAAUGUCCGUUGGAUCCGUGGGCGCGUGCAUCCACGGUGCUUCGGUGCCGGUUUUCUUUGUUUUCUUCGGGAAAAUAAUAAACGUUAUGGGAACGGCUUAUCUAUUUCCGGCUGCGGCUUCUCACAGGGUAGCCAAGUAUUCUUUGGAUUUCGUAUACCUCAGUCUGGUUGUACUAUUUUCAUCAUGGACAGAGGUGGCAUGUUGGAUGCAUACGGGAGAAAGGCAAGCGGCGAAAAUGAGGAUGGCAUAUUUGAGGUCAAUGUUAAAUCAAGACAUUAGUCAUUUUGAUAGAGAGGCUUCAACUGGAGAUGUGAUUUGUGCAAUUACUAGCGACAUUAUUGUGAUUCAGGAUGCUAUUUCUGAGAAGGUGGGGAACUUUAUACACUACAUUAGCAGAUUCAUAGCUGGCUUCUCAAUCGGCUUCUUUAUGGUUUGGCAAAUCAGUCUUGUCACUCUCUCUAUUGUCCCCUUGAUCGCCCUUGCUGGUGGCGUUUAUGCUUUUGUAGUCACUGGUCUUAUUGCCAGAGUCCGCAAAUCCUACGUCGAGGCCGGUGAAAUUGCUGAAGAGGUGAUUGGAAAUGUCAGAACAGUUCAAACAUUUGCAGGAGAGGAAAGGGCACUAAGAUCAUAUAGAACAGCACUUUUAAGCACUUACCAGUAUGGGAAGAAAGCCGGUCUUGCCAAGGGUCUGGGAUUGGGCACCCUACAUUGUGUUCUUUUUCUUUCUUGGUCAUUGCUCGUUUGGUUUACUAGCAUUGUUGUUCAUAAGAACAUUGCGGAUGGAGGAGAAUCUUUCACUACAAUGCUCAAUGUUGUCAUCUCUGGACUGUCACUGGGACAGGCAGCACCAGACAUCUCCGCAUUCAUCAGAGCAAAGACAGCUGGUUAUCCCAUAUUUGAGAUGAUAGAGAGAAAUACAGUAAGCCAAACCAACUCAAAAAAUGGAAGGAAACUAGACAACAUUGAAGGCCAUAUCCGAUUCACUGACGUAUGUUUCAGCUACCCAUCUCGGCCUGAUGUCAUGAUAUUCAAUAAGCUCAAUCUUAACAUACCUUCUGGGAAGGUUGUAGCACUCGUGGGAGCAAGUGGGUCCGGAAAGAGCACAGUUGUAUCUUUGAUUGAGCGAUUCUAUGAACCCCUCUCUGGACAGAUACUACUGGAUGGAACUGAUAUUUGGCAGCUUGACCUCAAGUGGUUACGAAAACAGAUUGGGUUGGUAAAUCAAGAGCCUGCACUUUUUGCUACAACCAUUAGGGAAAAUAUUCUCUAUGGAAAAAAUGAUGCCACCCUUGAAGAGAUUACACGUGCUGCAAGACUUUCUGAGGCAAUCGGUUUCAUCAGCAACCUUUCCGAUGGAUUUGAAACUCAGGUGGGUGAAAGGGGAGUACAAUUAUCAGGUGGACAGAAGCAGAGAAUUGCAAUAUCGCGUGCAAUAGUAAAGAACCCCUCAAUACUUCUGCUGGAUGAAGCUACAAGUGCACUUGAUGCGGAGUGUGAGAAGAGUGUACAGGAAGCACUUGAUCGAGUGAUGGUGGGAAGAACAAUAGUAGUUGUGGCCCACCGACUUUCUACCAUUAGAAAUGCAGAUGUGAUAGCUGUUGUCCAAAGCGGGAAAAUAGUGGAAACUGGAAGUCACGAUGAACUCAUUUCACAACCAAAUAGUGCUUAUACAUCGCUUGUUCAACUCCAAGAAGAAGUUUCCUUGCAUCAGGUCCCUUCACGGGGACCUACCUUGGGUCGACCACUUAGCACUAAAUCUCCCUACGAAAUAUCUCGGAACAACCACGUUUCAAGUUUGAAGUCUGAUAAAGCAUUAGUUGUUCGAAAUGGAGUUGAUGGGCCAGAGACUAUUACGCAACCCAGUGUGUCCAGUGGAAGAUUGUACUCCAUGGUGGGUCCUGAAUGGAUUUACGGGGUUGCCGGCACAAUUUGUGCACUUAUUGCAGGAGCCCAAAUGCCUCUUUUUGCUCUUGGUGUCACUCAGGCUCUUGUAUCUUACUACAUGGACUGGGAUACAACAACUCGUGAAGUCAAGAAGAUCUCACUCCUCUUCUGUGGAGGCGCUGCUAUAACUGUUAUUGUUCAUGUCAUCACACAUCUCUCGUUCGGAAUCAUGGGAGAGCGGCUUACUCUUCGCGUGCGAGAAAUGAUGUUUUCUGCCAUUUUGAAAAACGAGAUUGGAUGGUUUGAUGACAUGAACAACACAAGUUCCAUGCUUGCAUCACGGUUAGAGGGUGAUGCAACUUUGUUGCGAAACAUUGUUGUUGAUCGCUCAACAGUUCUCAUACAAAAUUCUGGUUUGGUUGUUACCUCGUUCAUUAUUGCCUUCAUGUUGAACUGGAGGAUUGCACUUGUUGUCAUGGCAACAUAUCCCUUAAUCAUUAGCGGUCAUCUCAGCGAGAAGAUGUUUAUGAAAGGAUACGGUGGCAACUUGAGCAAAGCCUAUCUAAAAGCGAACAUGCUUGCUAGCGAGUCGGUAAGUAACAUCCGCACCGUGAUUGCGUUCAGCUCUGAAGAGAAGGUUCUGGAUCUUUAUGCUCAAGAACUCGUUGAUCCUUCAAGAAAGUCAUUAACUCGCGGUCAGAUUGCUGGCAUAUUCUAUGGCAUAACUCAAUUCUUCAUCUUCUCAUCCUAUGGCCUUGCUUUAUGGUAUGGUUCUGUUUUGAUAGGGAAGGAGCUUUCUAGCUUUGAAUCUAUCAUGAAAACAUUUAUGGUUUUAAUUGUGACAGCAUUAGCCAUGGGCUCGACUUUGGCAAUGGCACCUGACCUUCUAAAAGGGAACCAAAUGGUGGCAUCGGUCUUUGAACUGCUUGAUCGGGAGGCUAAGGUAAUCGGCGACUCCGGAGAAGAGCUAGCAAGUGUCGAGGGUACGAUUGAGCUAAAGGGUGUCCAAUUUAGCUACCCAUCAAGACCUAAUGAGUUGAUUUUCGUGGGCUUUGAUCUAAUAGUGUGUGCGGGCCAAAGCAUGGCAUUAGUGGGAAGGAGCGGUUCUGGUAAAAGCUCAGUGCUAGCACUUGUCCUACGAUUUUACGAUCCAACAGCCGGGAACGUGGUGAUUGACGGGAAAGAUGUCAAGAAACUCAAGCUCAAAUCUCUCCGGACACACAUUGGCUUAGUUCAACAGGAACCAGCUCUCUUUGCCACAUCAAUCUUCGAAAAUAUCCUUUACGGGAAAGAGGGGGCCUCGGAAGGAGAAGUGAUUGAAGCAGCCAAACUAGCGAACGCCCAUAGUUUCAUUAGUGCCCUCCCAGAGGGCUACUCAACCAGAGUUGGAGAGAGGGGAGUGCAACUAUCCGGUGGGCAGAAACAAAGAGUGGCCAUUGCGCGGGCUGUUCUAAAAAAUCCGAGAAUCUUGCUUCUAGAUGAAGCCACCAGUGCUUUGGAUGUGGAGUCGGAGCGAGUGGUGCAGCAAGCAUUGGACCAGUUGAUGAAGAAUCGGACCACGGUUAUGGUGGCUCAUAGGCUUUCAACUAUUAAAAACGCAGACCAGAUAUCGGUUAUACAAGACGGGAAGAUUAUAGAGCAAGGGACUCACUCUACUCUUGUUGAGAACAGAGAUGGGGCUUACUUCAAGUUAAUCAGCUUACAACAACAACAGCAACAGAACUAAAGAAUUAUUAGCAGUUAUUUGUACAAAAGUGUUUGAGAAAAUAAAUGCCGAAAAUAAUUGAUACUUUUCAUCCUGAUGUGUGGAGUCGAAAAAAUAAAGAAUUGUGAUCAAAUAGUUGGAAAAGAUGAAAAUAAACCAUAAUAGGCAACUUUUCUUUCUUA